UCAGCUUUGAAGGCAGAGAGAGAGAGAGAGAGAGAGAGAGCGACUGAGAGUGCUGUGGAAGCGAAACUACGAUCUGCGAUUCUUUUUUCUUUUUUUCAAUCUUUUAGCUCUUAGAUUUUCUCAACACUCUUCUUCUUUUGAUCAGAGAGCUUGAACAUUCCGACCAAAGCUUCAAAAAAAUAAAAGACUUCAUCUUUGAGCUGUUUCCAGUGAUUCGUCUGUCUCCCUCUCUCUCUCUCUCUCUAGAGUAGUUAGGGUCUAUCAAUGGAGCGGUACGGUCGCGCCGGUGAAGAAGGGCAGCGAUCGGAUCCGUCUCUUGAAUGGACCUCUCAUGGUGGAGGCGAAACCGGAGUUGAAGCUUCGAUGUGGCGGUUAGGUUUGAGCGGCGGCGGUGGAGGUGGAGGAGGAGGAGAAUCGUACCCGGAGAGAGCCGACGAGCCUGAUUGUAUUUAUUACUUGAGAACCGGCGUUUGCGGGUACGGGUCAAGAUGUCGGUUUAAUCACCCACGAGAUCGUGGAGCGGUUAUUGGAAGUGUUAGAGGAGAAGCUGGGGCUUUACCGGAGAGGAUGGGACAUCCGGUUUGUCAGCAUUUUAUGCGAACGGGAACGUGUAAAUUCGGUGCUUCUUGCAAGUAUCAUCAUCCUAGGCAAGGAGGUGGUGGUUCCGUUGCGCCUGUCUCGCUCAGUUAUUUGGGAUUUCCAUUACGUCAGGGAGAGAAAGAGUGUUCUUAUUACAUGAGAACCGGUCAGUGUAAAUUUGGUUUGACCUGUAGAUUCAACCAUCCCGUGCCACUCGCUGUACAGGGUCCACCGCAGCCACAACAGCAGCAGCCGCAGCUACAGACUAUCUAUCCCACACUUCAGUCUCAAUCCGUUCCUUCUUCUCAACAAUAUGGGUUACUUUUGACAAGGCCGUCUCUUUUACCUGGUUCAUAUCUUCCAAGCCCUUACGGUCCUCCAAUGGUUCUGCCUCCGGGAAUGGUUCCAUAUCCUGGUUGGAACCCUUACCAGGCUUCUUUAAGUGCAAUGCCUUCGCCUGGAACUCAACCGUCUAUUGGAUCGAGUUCUGUUUAUGGAAUUGCGCCUUUACCUCCUUCCGCGACUACAUAUACAGGACCAUAUCAAUCAGGACCUUCUUCAAAUACCUCAAAAGAAUUUCCUCAGCGACCUGAUCAACCCGAGUGUCAAUAUUUCAUGAGAACCGGUGACUGUAAAUUUGGAUCCUCGUGCCGAUACCAUCACCCUGUAGAUGCAGUUCCUCCUAAAACCGGCAUUGUCCUCAGCUCCAUUGGCCUUCCACUUCGUCCCGGAGUAGCGCAAUGCACUCACUUUGCACAGCACGGAAUCUGCAAAUUUGGACCGGCGUGUAAGUUUGAUCACUCAAUGAGUUCUUCGCUUAGCUACAGCCCGUCCGCAUCAUCAUUAACCGAUAUGCCCGUGGCUCCAUACCCAAUCGGCUCAUCCUCGCUUAGCGGAUCAUCAGCUCCAGCAAGCUCAAGCAAUGAACCCAUCUCAGAGGUUGUGAAUGCUGCAGUUUCCUCUUCUAUAAUCAGUGGUUUGAGCCGUCCAGAGCCAGCUGAGACGAGUGGAGACUCGGCCAGUGUCAGUGGCAGCAUAGAAGCUAAGACUUCAAGUUAAGAAAAAAAGAGGAAAACGUCCUCAAUUCAUCAUGAACUAAGCAACACUAAGAAAAAGAAAAAGAAAACAAAAAAGAAAAAAAAAAGAGAAAAGAAGAUUAUUUUUGGGGUCUGAGAUUUGAUGGAAGCAGAGAGACCAAAGCUUCUGUCAUUGACCAUUUGUCCAUAUAUAAUAUAUUCUCUCAUACGGCCAUCUCUCUCUACUUUCUCUCUCUUGCUUUUUCUACUUGAAAAACGAUUAAUAAAAUGGCCUUAUUCAAGCUACAUUCGAUUCA